GCUGGGCAUUUAUUUCUUUUGUGAUUAUAACCACAAUAGUGACAGUUAGUGACGUAGUGUUGACUUGGCGCUUGAAACUUCGCAGGCUUUCUGUCACUUCCGCCUUGUUCGUUUUGAUGUCUGGAUUGCAUAUGGCGAGUUAUUUGAGUUUUGACGCCUUUUCUGUCGUGUUGACUAUAUAACCCUCGAGAUUUCGUUAUCUCUUGUUUCGGAUGUGGCAUUUAGCAUCCUUGACUGGAGUCGUGUUUGCUCUGCACUCUGACCUGCUUGAAUUGUUUUUUAAUAUCAGAUGACAUUGGCAUAACUGAAGAUACAUUCUCAUUAUUUAUCAGCUUUUUAAAGACCAAAUUGGAAAUAUACAGAAGAGAUAUAUAAGAUUGUUUCUAUAAAUCUGUGGUGGAAUUCCUCUGAUAUAUUUACUCUGAAUUGUGUUAUUAGCAAACCUUCUGGACAUCACUGGCUGGAGUGUCUACAAGAUGAGCCUGUUUGCAGAUUGAAUGUGGAUAAAUUUAGUUGUUUUGUGACAAAGAUAACAGUGGCCAGAAAUACAACAGUUGAAAUAUUUGUAAACAAAAGACUAUAGAAGCAAAAAGAAUAAAAAAAGAAGGUAUAUUGUGAAGUUGAAGGAAAAAUAAUGGAAAAGAGUGAGAAAGUGAAGGAACAUAUUUUUCCAGAAGAUAGCAAAAAGGAGAGACAAAAAUUGUCACAUGACUGUGAUGUGUGUAAAAAGUCUUUCUCAAAAAAAGGUAACUUAAAUAAGCACAAACGUAUUCAUACAGGAGAGAAGCCAUUUCACUGUGAAAUCUGUGGUAAAUCAUUCUCUCAAAAAAUUACCUUGACUACCCACAAACGUAUUCAUACAGGAGAGAAGCCAUAUCAUUGUAGUGUCUGUGGUACAAGAUUCUCUCACCAAAGUGUUUUAAAUAAUCACCAGCAUUGUCAUACAGGAGAGAAGCCAUUUCACUGUGAAAUCUGUGGUAAAUCAUUCUCUCAAAGAAGUGCUUUAACUAAUCACAAACGUAUUCAUACAGGAGAGACACCAUAUUCCUGUAAUAUCUGUGGUAAAUUAUUUUCUGCUAAAAGUGCUCUAACUUAUCAUAAACGUAUUCAUACAGGAGAGUCACCAUAUCAUUGUGAUAUCUGUGGUAAAUCAUUCUCUCAAAGUUGCAGCUUAACUACUCACAAACGUUCCCAUACAGGAGAGAAGCCAUACCACUGUGAUAUCUGUGGUAAAUCAUUCUCUGUGAGUUGUAACUUAACUGGACACAGACGUAUUCAUACAGGAGAAACACCAUAUUCUUGUGAUAUCUGUGGUAAAUUAUUCUCUCAAAAACUUUAUUUGACUUUACACAAACGUAUUCAUACAGGAGAGACACCAUUUCACUGUGAAAUCUGUGGUAAAUCAUUCUCUCAAAGUGGCCACCUAACUAUUCAUAAACGUAUUCAUACAGGAGAAACACCAUAUUCUUGUGAAAUCUGUGGUAAAUCAUUCUCUCAAAGUAGCAACUUAGCUUCUCACAAACGUUUACAUACAGGAGAGACACCAUAUUCUUGUGAUAUCUGUGGUAAAUCAUUCUCUCAAAGUGGCAACUUAGCUUCUCAUAAACGUUUCCAUACAGGAGAGAAGCCACAUCCCUGUGAUGUCUGUAACAAAUCUUUCUCUAACAGUAGUAACCUAAUUACCCAUAAGCGUAUUCAUACAGGAGAAACACCAUAUUCUUGUGAUAUCUGUGGUAAAUCAUUCUCUCAAAAAAAUAAUUUGACUUUACACAAACGUAUUCAUACAGGAGAGACACCAUUUCACUGUGAAAUCUGUGGUAAAUUAUUCUCUCAAAGUGGCAACGUAGCUAAACAUAAACGUAUUCAUACAGGAGAGACACCAUAUUCUUGUGAUGUCUGUAAUAAAUCUUUCUCUACCAGUAGUAACCUAAUGACCCAUAAACAUAUCCAUACAGGAGAGAAGCUAUAUCCUUGUGAUAUCUGUGGAAGGUCAUUUACUCAACAUGGCAACUUAACUUCUCACAAACGUGUUCAUCAGGGGAAGAAGCAAUCCCACUGAUAUUUGUGCUAAAUCAUAAUCUCUAAGGGGUUACUGAAACCCUUUACCAUGCAGGUUAUUCUGUCGAAUGUGAGGGUUAUUUAUUCACAUUAUUUUCAAUUUGCCAUCCAUUAGCUUACAGUUUUCAAGUUUUGAUGAUGUGGUUGUGUAUUUUCAGAAUGGCAUCGUAUGGUAGGUGCAAGAGGCUGAGUCUGGCUAUGUGCUAUGUUAAAGGGAUGUAUUGAUAAAGGUUUAGUAAAAUUCUAUCAAUUAGAAAAAAGAUAUUUAAUUUUAAUUCUCAAAUUUUUAUCAAUUUUUGCGUGACAUUAAAGGGACACUACUCAUAUAUGAACUUAGGCGCGCACACACAGACACAAGAGACAAAAGACAAUACAAAGAGUUUUCAAAUUGAGUAAACAGGAAAUAACAUUAAAAGAAGAAGAAAUUGUUUGUAGGCGCAGGAGUGGCUGUGUGGUAAGUAGCUUGCUUACCAACCACAUGGUUCCGGGUUCAUUCCAACUGCG